AUGGUUAUGAUUGAGGGUAUGCUUAUUACGGCAGGCAUCACGCUUAGCUACUGGGUCAACUACGGAAUGUCAUUUAUCGGUGAAAAGGAGGUAGCAUGGAGAUUUCCGAUAGCGUUCCAAAUUCUUUUCGCUGUGGUUAUCUUCCUCUCGAUUAUGCACCUGCCUGAGUCUCCGAGAUGGCUUGUAAUGCAAGGCCGGGAUGAUGAGGCUUUGGACGUUCUCGAGUGCCUGAACGAAAAGUCUCGAGACGAUCCUUCUAUUCAGAAUGAACUCCUGUCUAUUAAGGAGACCGUCAAAGAGAUGUCCAAAGGUUCAUAUAGAAGUUUGUUUGACAUGAGCGAGUAUCGAGAAUUCCAUCGGGUGGCCCUCGCCUACAUCAACCAGAUGUUCCAGCAGAUCUCUGGAAUCAAUUUGAUCACAUACUAUGCACCUUCACUAUACGCCGAAAUUGGCCUCGGACAAGGCAGUCUUCCAAAGUUGCUGGCUGCUUGCAAUGGCACAGAAUACUUGAUGGCUGCAUUUAUCCCUAUUUUUAUCAUUGAAAAAGUUGGGCGUCGACCACUGAUGCUUUUCGGAGCCGCUGGAAUGUCCAUAUCUAUGGCUGUCCUUGCGGGUACCAACUACCGUCUCAAGUACCUAGACGAUAAGCAAGCUGGCAUUGGACAAGCGAUCUUCCUUUUUGUAUUCAAUACGUUCUUUGCCAUCGGCUGGCUUGGAAUGACAUGGUUGUAUCCGGCAGAAAUCGUGCCGCUGCGAAUUCGUGCACCGACUAAUGCACUGGCCACUAGUGCCAACUGGAUCUUCAACUUCAUGGUCGUAAUGAUUACCCCAGUUGCAUUUGACAGUAUUGGAUACAAAACCUAUAUUAUCUUCGCUGUUAUAAACGCAUUUAUUUUCCCAUUCGUGUACUUCUUCUUCCCGGAAACACGAUACCGCUCCCUGGAAGAGAUGGAUGCCAUCUUUAAGAAAUCCACGAAUGUCUUCAAUGCCGUUACUAUCUCUAUCAAAGAGCCCUAUCGCUACGAUAAACAUGGGGAGCUAAAGCCGGAGUACCUUGAAGAUGCUCUCCGUCGUAAUAAUCCUGAUGUGCAUAUUGCUGGUACCAAAUUCGACAGCGACGAGAGUGGAGCUGAGAUCAAAGCCUGA